UGCCAUGUAGAGCUGAAGCUGGAGAAGAUGCUGCUGUUGUGCGCGCUGUGCGCGCUGUGGUCCACAGUGCCUCACAGGACGGCGGGAAAAGCUUUCAGUUUGGAUGGACACACACAGCACUUUGCCGUGACUCGUGAUGGACUUUACGUUUCCACGGAACAAAACCUGUACCAGCUCCGCUCAGACCUCAGUCUGGUGCGGCGCGUGUCCCUGAGGGGGCUGGUUUUGAGCUCGGAGCCGAAAUUUGUCCGUGUCCCAGAUGGAACCGCCGGGAAUGGCACUCUCAUGGUAAACGUGCUCCUGCCCUUCACCUCCAACAACACCCUGGUCUUGUGUGGCGUUGUGAAUGACUGCGGUCAUUGCGAAGUUCUAUCGCUGCAGGACGUGUCCACUGUCAUAUACACGGAGACCAUUCUCUUGGGUCCUGUCACUAAGCACACCGAGUCCGUGGCCUUUCUGGUCACUGAGGUCACGAAUGGAAGAAAUAACACAUACAUCCUGGCAGCCACAGAGCAGAGCCCCAAGUCAAGGAAAAGUGAGUGCACCAUACAACAAGGCAUCCUCAAUCUGUUCAACACCGAGGACUCUCAGGAGGGUGGCAUCUUUUCCUUCAGCUUACCCUCUGCAAUUUUUCAUCUCAGGGACAACAUUGAACAAGUGGGCUUCGUGGACGGUUUCCAGGUGGAUUCCUUCAUUUAUCUUUUUUCUAACGUGAAAUCUUCCCCUGGAAACGUGGUGCGCCUGACUUGGCUCGAGGCUAAACACACUUCGCACGUGCUGAAGGUCUAUACUCUCAAGUCCCUGCGGGGCGCUACUCUUAGCACGGGUUCUUCGGGCUCAGGUGGGAAGCUCCUGGCCUCCUCCAUGAUUCCCGGGACCGUACCACUCAGGUGGGCCGGUGUGUUCAGCGUGGACGGGACAGGCGCCAACACUGAACUGCUGAUGUUUGAUAUCAGUCCAGACCGCAGCGUCGAACAAAACAAGGACCCGCACUUCAAAGUUGACGAUACCUCGAAGACCUCGCUGAAGACCGUGAGGCCGCAGAAAACACUGCUGAAGCAGAGCCACAUGAGCUCUGUGCUGGCGCUCAAACACGGGGCCUGGAGCCUCUUCUUCAUCGGAACAGCGGAUGGACAGCUCAUCAAGCUUGUUGUGGACAAACAUUACCAAUCCGCAUGUCCAAAAGUCCUGUACAGAGCCAAUGAUGACCAAGAGGUUUUCCCCAAGUUACAUGUGGAUGAAGUAGAGCACAAGCACGUUUAUGUUGCAUUUACAAACCAGAUUAUGCGGAUCCCUGUGUCAAAAUGUUCAACUUAUAAAACAUUACGUGACUGUUGGUCUGCACAAGAUCCACAGUGUGUUUGGUGCAUCUCCAGACAAAGGUGCACAUUUCAGAGUGAAUGUCAAAACUCAAGCUGGGUCUCCAUUCCUGAAGAUUUUCAAGAAGAAAAUAUAUUUUCAUUCAAAGCAGAAAGUAAAGCAUCUGCUCAGAUCACAAUUAUAGUGCAAAUACAUGUGACUGUGGGCCCAACCAAACCACACAAUUUUGCCUGUCAGUUUUCUCAACCGUGUGAACGCAGCCCUCCUCCAAGCUACCCACAAUGCAUCUGUGUCCUCCACAACAUCCAACUACCUGCACAAGGUCUAGAUGUGGCUGUUAAAAUGCGGAUGUGGAAGGAGGAAUGGUUAGAAAAACUCAACCUCAGGAAUUGUUCUGAGAUCACAGGACCCCCUUCUCCAGCUCUGUGCAGAGAGUGUAUAACAGCUGGUUGUGGCUGGAGCUCAGACAGCUGUUCCUGGGCAAAUGAAGGAUCAACAAAUAAAAGUGUUUGCCAAAAGAUGGAGUCACAGAUGAAUUACGAGAAGCCGGUGAUCUCUUCCGUCUCUCCAAAUGUAGUGUCUUUCUUCGGCAAAAACCACGCUCUGCUAAAAGGCCACAACCUCAAGCACGUGACACGUGUCCGGAUACACACGGAUCUAAAUUGCAGUCCACUUGAAUCCCCAGUGUGGGACAACACAGGAGAGAGCCUGACCUUCCACAUCCCGAGUACAGAGAACAAAGGUGUGGUCCAGGUGUGCGUGGUCCUCCCUGACAACAGCUGCCAUGGAAACGCCAAAAUCACCUAUGGCUCCUUACCAUCCUGCACAGACAUCAAACCCAGUAACACUUGGCUCAGUGGAGGGAGAACUAUCACUCUGGUUGGAUCCAAUAUGGAAUUUGUUGAUGCAGUUGUCCACAGUCACUCUCCACUGAAGACUCUUGCUGUUCGGUUCAGAAAACCUCAGAACGUCACAUAUACCUGUCCAGCCGCCGGGAGCCCUCUCUCGAGCAUUGUGCUUCUGAAAGUAGCUAAUCAAACCCUGAACUGCUCCAGACCCAUCACAUAUCUGCCAGACCCUGUGUUCAUCUCCACUAAGGCAUGGGACCACACCAGCAUCAUUAUAGAGAAAAAGGCAGAUAAACUGGGUAUACUACUGGAGGAGCUGUCCAUGUGGGCUGUAGUAAAAGGACAGAACUACUCCUGCCUCAUGAAAGCCAACAAAUCCAACAAUGACACUGACUCCUACACCUGUGAGAUCAAGAACAGGGCCAGCGCCAACUUUGAACAGCUGAUGAUACAAGUUGGGGAUAUGACAGUCAUGCUGAAGCCUAAGUCAUCAAAUCUGUUGCUGAUUUUGCUGGUGCUACUGCUGAUACCCUGCAUAUUUAUAGUUCUGCUAAUCGUGUAUAAGAAGAAGCAGAACCAGCUGACCAAUCGCAUGAACAGUUUGAUGGAAAACCUGGAGAUGGACAUCAGGAAUGAUAUCAGACAAGGUUUCAUUGACUUACAGACAGAAAAUGCAGAUCUUUUGGAAAAUGUUGGCACUAUUCCCUUCCUCGACUAUAAACAUUUUGCCUCCAGGAUAUUUUUUCCCGAGAGUGAAGCCCUGAUGAAGGCCUGUGUUAACGAUAUCGGUCAGGACGGGGUGAUAGUCCAACUUGAUGGGUGCUGUCAGAGUCUGUCUAAACUGAUUCGGGAUCAGUUCUUCCUCACGUCUAUGGUUCACACAUUGGAGGAACAGAAAAACUUCUCCAUCAAAGACAAGUGCGUGCUGGCGUCACUCCUCACUGUAGCACUGCACAGUGACCUGAGUUAUCUAACGGAGGUGAUGGAGGUUUUACUGAAGGACCUGAUGCAGCAGAGCUCUAAUACUCAGCCCAAACUCCUCCUGAGACGCACCGAGUCCACAGUAGAGAAACUGCUCACCAAUUGGAUGUCCAUCUGUCUCUAUGGCUUCCUCAGGGAGGGUGUGGGGCAGCAGUUAUUUCUCCUGGUCAGUGCUCUGUCUCAGCAGAUCUCCAAAGGCCCGGUGGACUGUGUGACUGAGAAGGCUCUCUACACUCUGAGUGAAGACUGGCUCCUGUGGCAAGCCCAGGACUUCCAGCCGCUGAAGCUGGAGGUUCUGUUUGAGGUGAGCAGUGAUGGCGAGAUGUCAGAGGCUCUGGAGGUGGCUGUUCUCUCCUGUGACACAGUGGACCAGGUCAAAGAGAAGAUCCUGGCCACCUUUAGGACCAAAUUCGGGUUCCCAUACAACUCCCCUCUACGAGAGCUGUGCAUCGAGUAUGUGAGAGGAAAUUCGUCUCUCCGUCUUGAGGAGGUGGAUUUGAGCUCGGAGAGACUUGGAGACGUGACCAUGCUCAACACUAUGAAGCACUACAAGAUCCCAGAUGGAGCCACAAUCAAAGUGCUUUCAAGAAAAACUCACGCUCCUCUAAGUCAACAGGGAAGUGUCAAAGAUGACCAGGACUUUUCAGGCAAAUAUUUUCACUUGAUUGACCCUGAUAUAGUGGAAGAUUUGAAAAACCCAGAGAGGAAGAAGUUGAAGUUGAAGGAAGUUCAUCUUACCAAGCUGCUAUCUACAAAAGUGGCGGUGCACUCGUUUGUGGAGAAGCUGUUCAGGUGCAUUUGGGGACUGCAGUCCAAUAGAGCUCCACUGGCUGUGAAACAUUUCUUUGAUUUUCUGGACGUUCAGGCCGAGGACAGGAAGAUCAGCGAUCCUGAUGUCCUUCACAUCUGGAAAACCAACAGUUUACCUCUGCGUUUCUGGGUGAACAUCCUGAAGAAUCCUCAGUUUGUAUUUGACCUGGAGAAAAGCCCUCAUCUGGACGGCUGCCUCUCGGUUAUUGCUCAGGCCUUCAUGGACUCCUUCUCUCUCAGCGACACACAACUCGGGAAGCACACGCCAACCAAUAAGCUCCUCUAUGCCAAAGAAAUCCCCAAAUACAAACAGGAGGUAAAGAUGUACUACAAACAGAUCCAGGAUCAGCCUUCAAUUCCAGAUGCAGAUUUCACAGCAUUUUUACAGAAAGAGUCUAAGAAACAUGAAAAUGAGUUUAACGAAGCUGGGGCACUGAAAGAGCUCUACAAAUUCAUCCAGAGAUAUUUCCCAGAGAUCCAAGAAAAACUGGAGCAGAAUGGCGCCCCCUCUGAGUUAAAAGAGCAUCUGCAUCAUGUAAAAAAGCAAUUUGAUGAACUGAAAAGCUGCUCUUGGAAUUAAAUGUUUAACACUGGAUACAAGGAC